AUGUCGAGUGGGAAACAAAGUGUGGGAAGGGUGAAGGCGGAGGUCAAAACAGACGUUGUGAAAUAUCCAUUUUGGUUUGGGGGUAGCGCAAGUUGUUUUGCGGCUUGUGUUACUCAUCCAUUGGAUCUUGUACUAAACAAAUUACUUCGCCAGGUUCGAUUACAAACUCGAUCCGGCAAUGCGCCAAAAACUAUGGUUGGCACAUUCGUGCACGUCUUCAAGCACAAUGGGGUUUUCGGACUGUAUUCUGGACUCAGCGCUUCUCUCCUCCGUCAAAUAACAUAUAGCACCACCCGAUUUGGUAUCUACGAAAAACUCAAGACAAAUUUCACAUCAGGAAACAAGCCGCCCUCCUUCCCAAUUCUUAUCGCCAUGGCCUCCACUUCUGGUUUCCUUGGCGGAAUCGUGGGAAAUCCUGCCGAUGUACUGAAUGUACGCAUGCAGCACGAUGCUGCUCUACCAGUCGAACAGAGAAGAAACUAUAAAAAUGCUGUGGAUGGGUUGAUAAGAAUGACGAAAGAAGAAGGGUGGAAAAGUUUGUACCGCGGGGUAUGGCCGAAUAGUAUGAGAGCUGUUUUGAUGACCGCUUCUCAAUUGGCUACAUAUGAUGGCUUUAAACAACUACUUCUCGGGCAUACACCAAUGAAAGAUGGACUCUCGACACAUUUCACUGCUUCUUUCAUGGCGGGAUUCGUGGCUACCACAGUUUGUAGUCCGGUAGAUGUUAUUAAAACAAGAAUUAUGAGUAGCCAUGAAAGUAAGGGAUUGGCCAGACUUUUGACGGAUGUGUAUAAAGUAGAGGGUGUCGGAUGGAUGUUUAGGGGCUGGGUACCGAGUUUUAUUCGCUUGGGACCUCAAACCAUCGCAACAUUUCUCUUUCUCGAACAACAUAAGAAAAUGUACCGAUCUCUAAAGGGAUUUAAAGAACCCGAAGCUACAGUCGUCUAA